UAAAGCAACUCUUGUUUUGUGCGAUAUAAAUUUGAAGAAAAUGAACGACGAGGACAGCUAUUUGACGGACCCCUCUUAUGAGUCUACUCCUGAACCUGUUAUCACUUAUAGAAAGGAAAGGACUCGGAUAAGACGAAGGACGAUGGCAAAUUAUAAAUCCAAAGUACAACAGUUGCAGUUAAAUGUAGCUCAGCUACUCUCCAAAAAGAAGUCGCUAAAUUCCAAAGUUGUUUCACAAGAGUUUGAAGCAUUUCAGGAGGCGGUUGACAAGAUUCAGAAUGAUGAAGGGUCUGCCCUUGAAGUCAAACAGACACUUGUAGGAUUGGAAAAAGCUUUGAAGAAGGAGGGUUUGUUCAAAAAUGUUAAAGGACUUUUUGUCGGGAUGAAGAAAGAAUUUCUCUCUUCUCCUUCGGCGAAACCACAACCUCUUCUAGACCUCGAUGCACUUGAUGAUGAGGAGAAAAAAGAAAACAGAAGUCGGGCUCCGACAGCAGUAACUCACCGAUCAGAGACAAAGCCUCCUGCACGAUAUGCAGCAACUGUACAUAUUGAAGAUGUUAAAAGUGUAAACAGAGCCGUAGGAAAACUGUUUGUUCAUCUUAAGCCUCAGAAAGGCAGCGAGUCUAAGGACGUCACCAUGUUGUCAAUUCAAGGACGUUCAAGCACAGUCGUAAAAAUGAAAGACUUUGAUGAUUCGAAUUUUUCAGACGUCAUUAAACGGCUGAAGCAGUUUGAAAAAGAACUAAACAGACAGAGAGCAGCUCAACACACCGAAAUUAUGAGGCUGUCAGACGAAAACCAGCUACUACGGAAGCACAUGACAGACUUGCGGAAAGAUCAUGACAGAAUUAAAGGUACACAGCCAAUUUCAUCGAGAGCCAAAGAUAAACAAGUGGCGCAAAUGGAAAAGAAAUUUAGAAGUCAGAAGAAAGGAAUGGAGGGCAAAAUCUCAGAAAUAGAAAGUGAACUUCAAGUCAGUCUUGAGAAAACGUUGAAAGAAAAAGACGUUCUUGAACAAAUGAUAAUGGAUGGAGUAACCCGACUAAAAACUGCUAUAAUAAGUUUACACAAAAAACUAUGUGGUGGAGAAGGUGAUGACAGAGAAAUGACGACUAUUUCAGAAAAAGAUGAAGAAAGUGGCGACGAAGCAUCAGGCUCUCCCGGUACGAUGAGUGUUGACGAACUCAUGAGGAACAUUUCAAGUAUAGAGGAUGAGGCACAGACUUUACAGGAUCGUAAUGAUAGACUUCAAUCGAUAAUCAAGGAAAAAGAAUCCGAAAUUCAUCAGUUACGAACAGCUGUUACAGAUAUUUCCAACGAAAUUGGGAAAAUGCAUGGCACAGUUACACAACUCGAUGGAUCAGCUCACAAUAAACAUGGCAGAGGUUCAAUUGGAUCCAUUUCAGUUAGUGGACUUGAUACAAAGGAAAAAGAAUUGGCAAUAGCUAAAUUACAACAAGUCAACGCCAGUAUUCAACAAUAUAAAAGGUUAUUACAAGAGGGAUCAAAGCCAAAUCUUAAACAAAAGGAUGAAAUGCAACCACUUACGUUACAGAUAAACAAAAUGUAUAAUGAGUUUAAAAAAGAUGUUGAAGGAUUGGAUUCAGAAAAGAGUGGCUUAAGUAUGGACACUUUACUUGAAGAACCUACCCAAAGGGAUGAAGUCAACGUUAUGGUGAAGAAACUCACAAAAAUUCAAAGGGCUUAUAAAAUUUUAAAGGAAAAGGAAUCAGAAAAAUGAGUUGAGAGUAAGGAAAGGAUAAUAUGUGAAAAACUUAUUUUUUUAUUAUAAUGCAAAAUACAUAAAUAACGUCUUUCUGAAAGGCAGCUGUGUUAAAAUAAUUUGAUAAAAAGAAAGGCGACAGAAAUUGGAUGUAAAAUUUCGAGAAAAUCAAAAUGACGCCAAAAUACUUACAACAUUUUAAUGCAACUGUAAUAUAAAAUGUUUAUCAAAGCAAAUGCCUGAUACAUGUAUAUAUACAUUACCAUACUUACUAACAUGGGUUUUAUAAAUGUAUUUAUGUAUCUUACUGUACUGUGUACAUUUUACAAAAUGAUAGAUAGAUCGAAUAGACAACCUUUGAAAUUCAAUUACAGCUAAUUUCCUAAUGCAUGUUAAGCAAAACUUUGGUUGGCUUGCUUGCUUUGUUUGUAUAUUUGUUUACACAAGCUUUGUAAAUACGAUUGACAUCUUUAAACAAUAUAUAUAGUCGAAGUUUAACCUGUAUAUAUAAUAUUUGAAUUUAAUUGGAUGUUAUCCUUAUGAUUGUACAAUAUAAAAACAAAGCAAGCAAGCUAACUAAAGUCUUGCUCUACAUGCAUUAGGAAAUUAGCUGUAAUUGUUUUAUAUUUUAUACAUGUAAGUAUGGAAUGUAGUUGUAUGAAAGUCAUUUGGAUUAUGCAUGUUAAAAAGCAUGUGUAAUUCAAUUUGUGAAUGUACAUGGGUAUACAGAGACAUUUUGGACUUGUUUUAUAUAUUGUUUUAAAUAUAUAUAAGCUGUAGUUCAAAUUCAUUUUUAAAGAAAGAAAGUUAAAUGAAUACGUGCAAUAAUGGAUAUAUUUGAACACACGUUUGCAUGCAAAUUUAUAAAAAUUGAUAUUAAUUUCUAUACUGGAAUAUGUGCGAAUUUAACUAAUUUGAUAAUGUGUUAACUUCUUGUAUUUUUAGAAAGUGCAAUACUUCAUAAAAGGGCAUCAUGUUACUUACAUUUCUUUUUCAUUUUCAUUUUUCAUUUCAAAAAAGUAAAUAAUAUUGCAAAAUUCAGAUAUAAUUUUAUCCAUUAGCAUUUCAAUUCAUUCGAAUAAGACAAUAAUAUACAGAGAACUAUGGUCUCAUAUAAACUGACUUAUCAUAAAUGAUUUCUAUUGUUAUAUGGUAAGAAAAAAAUAUAGAAUUCGCCUUUUAAUUUGAUUUAAAGUUUCUUAAUGUAACGGCGCCGAUUAUAAAACAUGAGUUUUUGUAUUUUAAAAUUUUCGCGUCUUGUUAGAGAAAAUUAAUGUAAAUUUUCUUCCCAGUGGUGCAAUUCAUAAACCUUUUAUUUCUUUUGAAUGGAAAGAGUCAUUACUUUAAAUUGAUAUAUAAUGCUAUUUGGAACAAAGCGCUUGCAUACUUAAUUCGGGUUCGAUUUCACUUUGCACAUGCAUGCAAGCAUGUCUCCCUUUAAAUUUUGAACUGUUAUUACUAAUACCAUUAAGUUCAAUUCAUUUUAUUUUUUUGUUUUGAAGAUUUCAUAUUCAUCACAUUUGUCAUGUGUCCUUUUGCAUAAAACAAGACAUUUACUUCUUUGUAAACUAGAAAAAUGAGACAAGGAUGGUGCAUGGUAUAAAAAAGUUUUUUGAGUUUUGAUUUUCAGGGCGCGCUAUUUGAUAUGCUGCAAAUAUAUGUUGGCACUCAAUAUUAUUUCGAAAGAACUUAAAUAAUGUAUUAUUCAUUGCGUACGGUUACCAAAAUGUAUAUUUUUUUGUUAUCAAUGAGUUGAAAUACAUUUAGAAGUAAAUAGAAUAUAGAUCGAGUGACAUGUAAAAGUUAUAUUUAGAACAAUAAGAUAUUUGCUACUUUUUUCUGAAAAAGGAAAUGUAGACAAUACGGCUUCCUCCGAAUACUUUCAAUUAAGAUCAGCUAAACUUGAUAGAUUUAAAAUCAAUAAUGCAAUCAUCUGCUUGAUGCAUGUGUUGUUUGUUUGUAAAAAAGCAUAUUUAUGUUUCAUCAGACAACAGUCACAAAGUGGCUAUCUUACAUGUAUCUUUAUUUGUAUUUGUUUAUGUUUGCUUAUAUGUUCAUGUAACACAUUAAAGUGAAUUAAAAUCUAUUGUAAUAUUUGUUAAAAGUUUGGCUGAAUUACCUGUUAUUUUUAACCAGCAAUCAUUCAGUAAUAUUCUUAGAAUAACUAAAUGAAGAAUUCAAAUAGAGCAAAAAAGCAACGAGUGACCUAACAACACAUUCACUUAUGCUCGUAGCCCAUCAGUUAAUUAUCAGUGUUGUUCGGUCACAAGUUGAAAUUUUUUUUGACAUUUGAAUUCUUUGAUAAGUAUUUUUUUUCUAAAAUUGACAAUGAAUUAAAGAACAAUAUCUUUUUCUAUGCAUUAACAGGUACUUUGAUGCAAAAUUGCCGUUAAAGAUCUUUUGUUUUAUAACGUCAGAGGAAUGAAAAAAACGAGUUUAUUUCACACGUGAAAUUAUCGUUGUUUUUAUUUUUAAUUCGCUGCAAAAUCUCAGUAAUUCAUGGCAAGCAAUGUAAUAAUUGCCGAUAUCUGUUUUUACUUUAUGUAUAUUAUCUUCUUAUAUGAAUCUCGCAUUAUAAGGAAAUGGUUAAUCGGCUUUACUUGAUAAAAGUUUCAUGUUUCAUAGUGAGCCAAAGAAAAAUAAAUAGUUUUAAUAUAAAAGUGAUGAAAAAAAAAUCAAAAAAAACCUGAAACAAAUGGAAACGAUAAUAAAAUUUAGCAUGAGUGUAAACAGUAGGAAACAUGAAGGAUGUGAAAAAUUAUAUUCUACAUUACCAUUUAGUUCUCACGUUUGCAAGACACAUACGUAUACUCAUGCGAACUUUUCAUACAAAUAAAUGAUUUUUCCCAAUGCUACAUACUGAUAGAGAUACACAUUAAUCGUAAGUGUGAAUAAGGAAAGGAAUAAUAUUAUGUAUUUGAAAAAAAUACACUUGAAAAUACUCUUUGUUUACAGUGAAUCAAUUCAGCUUUCAAAAUAUUAGAGUUAUCUCUCUUUGUUCAUUUUAUACAGACUUUCAUGUUUAUGAUUAGUGACAAUAAAUUCUUCUUGAUGAACAUCAAAUUGUACAUUUAUUGUAAAUUAAACAUCAUUUUACAUAACACAUAUAUAAAUCAUAUUUGUACAUAGUAAAUUUAUUGUAAUAGGUCAUAUUGAAAUCAUAAAUAAGAAACUUUGAAUAUUGAAACGAAGAUUUAGUCUUUUCAUGGUAAAUAUUUGAUACAUUUGAUAUUGUCAAGAAUAAUACAACAUGUUUUUGGUAUACAUGUUUUUGUAGAGUGUAUCAACAUUUAUAU